CCGCACAAGGUUGACGUGCCUGUUCUAGAUCUCGAUGAGCCCGAUGAUGACACGUUCCCAAUCGAAAAUCCGGGCACAAACCUGUACAAGUUCAUGGAUCUACUGGACUAUGCGAACCAGGGCCAGGCAUCUAAUACCCCCGGCAUUCUCCGCAGAAUCCAGAAUUUUUUCAAGCCAAACGAUCGAACGGGUUUGUAUGAGCCCUCGGAAAAUAACAGUGACAUUGAUUUCUUCAACAUCGAUGAUGACGAUGCCGCCGCGGGGAACGACUCCAUGUCCGAUCUAAGGAAGUAUCAGAUCACCAGGCUAGAGCGGAAACUCAACAAGACAAUCUUGUGCUUUGCAUGCGGGCUUGUUUUUGUGUUUGCGUUCCUUUUCUUGAAGAAAGACGGGCUAAUGCCCGCCGAACUGCCACUGCAAAAGAUUCUUCUCUCCAACUCAACGCAUGUCUUCCAUCCCACCACACUUCUUAUAUCUUUGGACGGAUUUCAUCCGCACUACAUCAACGCGGAAAACACGCCCACACUUCACAGGAUGCUUGUGGAUGGAUAUGGAGCCCCGCACAUGGUGCCAUCGUUUCCCUCGCUGACGUUUCCUAAUCAUUGGACCUUGGUCACGGGUCUCUAUCCCGCGGACCACGGUAUUGUGGGCAACACCUUCUACGACCCGCUCUUAAAAAAGCAGUUCAUCAAUACAAACCCGGACUUGGGGCUCGACCCGCAGUUCUGGCAGGGCGGUGAACCCGUUUGGACCACCGCUGCAAAACAAGGCGUGCGUUCAGCCAUCCACAUGUGGCCAGGAAGUGAGGUUCCAGGUGUUGGCGAUAAUGGGCCUACCUAUAUUGACAAGUAUAAUGGUUCGGAGCCGCUUGCGGCCAAAGCGGAUCGUAUUUUUUCGUGGCUUGACAUCGACGAUUUGAGCCGGAGGCCAGAACUUAUUCUCGCAUAUGUACCGACAAUUGACCAGUUUGGACACAAGUUCGGGAUCAGCGGGCCGGAGUUGACCGGCGCCUUGCGCUAUGUGGACGAGUUUGUACAGCUCACACAGGACAAGUUGGCCCAGCGAAAUCUUCAGGACAUCGUCAAUGUCAUUGUAGUGAGUGAUCACGGCAUGGCGCCCACCUCAAACGAUCGGCUUCUUUUCUUGGAUGAUGUGGUCGAAAUCACUAAAAUCGAGCACAUCGAUGGCUGGCCGUUGUUCGGCUUAAGGCCCCGGCCGGAACACUCUGUCGAUGAAAUAUACCUGGAAAUCAAAGCAAACCUUGAUUCUGCGACCCCAGACACCCAGGAUAAUUUCAAUUUGUACCGUGUGGAAGAAAUCCCUCCGGAAUGGCAGUUUGGUGGCAACUUGACCGACCAUAAGUUCAACUACCGCCUUGCCCCAAUCUGGAUAGUGCCAAACGUAGGCUAUUCCGUCACCACCCGAGCAAAGUUCGCAGAGAACAACAACGACUACUACCCCAAGGGUGUGCAUGGCUAUAACAAUACGCAUUUGCUAAUGCGGGCGAUCUUCUUGGGCCAGGGCCCUUACUUCGAGCAGAAGCUUUCUGAAAACAAGAAAGUCUUGCCUUUCACCAAUGUCAAUGUGUAUAACAUUGUAUGUGAGACUUUGCAAAUCACGCCUGGUGUGAACAACGGAACAGUUUCCGGAAAGGGUUUCUCGAUAUCCACAGAAAACUCCUUACCUGAUGACUGGUCUGAUAAUUUGGUGUUUCCAGAUUUGCCAUAUGAAGUGGAACACAUUGUCCGAAACGCCACUUACGACCAGUUGUGG